AAAGCAUCUUCCUCCUCGGUCUAUUCCCACGUAGUGGGUACAACCGCCGUGUUCCGAAGAAGCACGCAAGCUCGAGCAUCUCGCGCUUCCAUCUUCGGGCGGCGGUCGUGCGAGGUCGGGGCCAGGGAGCGAAGCGCAGCUCCGCGGCAGGAACAUGGCGCGGUCGACGUCGUCGUCGGCCGUCCCAGCUCUUCGACCCUGACCGGGGCAUGGUCGCCUGGCCCCCGCCGUCGCUAGUGUGCACGGUAGCCGUACUGCUGCGCGUCGGUAUCGCCGCCGCCGGAGUCAUGUCUCGUCGCCGCGUGCACCAGCAGCAGUCCGGGUCGUCGGGCGCACCAGCGCGUCACCAUGACGACGUCGUCGAGGACAGCGCCGCCGCCCCCGCCGCCGCGGCCGCCGCCGAGCCCGUCAUGCUCCUGCCGGAGCUGGUGGGCCGCCUGCUGAACGAGGCGGCCGCCCGCGUCGACGACGAGGCCAUCCGGCUCGACGACGGCGUCGUCUGGAAGCCGCUACGCGAGCCAGACCAGGUUAAGGCAGCCGGAGAGCACGUGAGCGGACUGCCGGAAGUGAAAAACGAGCUGCAAUCCAUCGACGAGGCCGCCGCCGCCGCCCUCGAGAACGACGUCUUCCCGUCGCGCUUCCAGUCGUCGGCGGUCGGCUCUCGGCUUCGGCAGCAGGCCGCCGAAAAACGCGCGCCGAUCGAGACCGCGGCCCUCGCUCCUCCCGAAGACCGCGAACUUGCCCGGACUGGCGCCGACAUGGCGCAGAACCACGCGAGCGGCAGCAGCAACAGCGGAGGCAAGGACGCGGCAAACCGUCCGGGCACUCCGAAGAGCCGAAGGAUCCCGCAAGAGCCGCCGAACCACAACAAAGCCGACGCCGCUUCCAAGGACGCCAGCCUGACCGCGAACCGUGCCAGGGAGGAGGAGCAAGACGUCGUCGUCGUCGCGAACGACAAUAAACGAAAGGGCGGCGACGACGCGUUGGCCGGAGCCCCAUCGAAGGACGUCGCGGACGCCGGCGUGCAAGCCGACGCGUCCCCCGCGGAGGCGAGGCUGCCCUCGGACGCGCAGCAGUCCAAGACGACCGCGGAGCCGCGAAAGCGCGUGGCCACCACGGUGGACCGGGAGAUGCAGACGUCGACGUCCAAGAAGUCGUCGACCAGGGAGAGGUACUCGCAGACGCUGCCCACGACGCCGACGCUGUACUCGAUGGCGACCCAGACGGACGUCCAAGACGCGCCCUGGUACCUGUGCCGCUCGUCGGCGCAGAAGAAGAAGCUGGCGGUCAUCAUAUCGGCCGUGUUCGUGCUCGUCUACUUCAUCCUCUGCUACGGACUCGUCAAUGCCGCGCGCGAGAUGUACGCCGAGCACGUCUUCGAGGAGCUCGACUUCCUCUGACUCGCGCUGCUCGUGGUCUGAGCGCCGGUUGUUCGGGCUCGGUGCUGCUUCGAAACUUUCCGAUGCAGAUAUCGCCGUGGGCAGCUCGCGUAAACGUUUCGGCAAAUCACCAGGAGGAGGCAAAGAACGACGGACAGAUCGAGUCGCCGUUGAUUUGCACUAAACACUGCAGGCAGUUGCGGCCCAGAGUGCUGUCAGACGUGUGGUCGGCGCUGUCACGACCUGGGUCGGGAUAAAAAUUGUGUUCACACCAUGUUGCGGGGGGACAAAGCGAGAUACAAUUCGGAAGGCUUCGCAAACACGCGGCUCGUAAUGAAAUGGGUAGGAUAACGAAUAGCUUCGAGCCUCGAGGAAAUCAACGAAAAUUUCAGAGUAUACAAUAAAUCUACUUCCGGUGUGCGCCUAUGACCGUGUCAAACAACUUUAUUGAGUGUCCUGGGAUUUGGUGGGAUGGGCCUGGCAAAUGUCCAAUAAGUGGGUGGCCUUUUCCGGGUACAGUGUAGUAAUAGUUAAUCGUUGUUGUCGUUGAUGAUCGUUGAGGAAGGCACUGCCGUUUGAUUUUAUAUACUGUCGUUUAUUCUUCAAGUUUGAGCCAUACAAAUAAGAGCACUUCCGAUAUAAUCUUGAGAUCUCGUCAGAGCGGUCGUGAUAAGAUGCUUACGCAAAAGCUCUUCCGAGUCGUUCCGACUCCCUCCGCUCUCCUAGCUUCCCACCGCCUCCUCCCUGAGACGUCCCUCCCGGCAAGCCCAGCCAAAGUCGUAAAUUUGAGGAGAGUCUCGGGGUACGGGGAAGCCGUCGGCGGAGGGUAGCGCCGUUCUUACGGCAGA